CUUGCAAUAAAUAAUUCCUAGCGCUAAACAUUUAACAUAAUAACUGAAAAGAUAAAAACAUCCAAAAGGCAUUUUAUUUUGGAAUCGUUAAAGCAAGCGAUGACAAUUUUCCAUGAGCUAGAAAAACAAACGUCGGUUGGAUUAAAAUCAAAAUGGCCAAAGCCGAAAACGACACUAAUUAUGAAGAACAUCAAAAAUGUAAUUAAUAUUUAGCACCUACAAUCUCAAAUAGGUAAAACAAAAUGAAGAAGAAAGUUAGGGUGCCAUUAAGACGAAAAUCUGGCUAAUCGUAAGUCAAAAAAAUCUUUUCAUACCACAACUACUGCGUUAUUUAUUACCUUGGAAACUGUAUUGUAAACAUCCUUUGCAUUUACGCAAAUGAAUUUUUAAUUUCUUUCGAUGUGACAUAUCAAAAUACCAAGUUAAAUUUUAAAAAAGUUUACAUUUAUACCCGAUAUUUUUUUUUUGUUUUUUCGGAAUGUCACAGUUGCUAGUGGGAAAAUUUUUGACAAGGAUCAUCGCAACGACAAUAACAAAACCGUUUAUCAGUAAGUCGACAUUAACUACGACAGCAUCGCCUUUGAGAAAAGAGAUAAUUUACAGAGAUGCUCUAAACGCAGCGAUCGACGAAGAAAUUGAAAGAGACGAGCGCGUGUUCAUUUUAGGAGAAGAAGUUGCACAGUACAACGGUGCUUACAAAGUGACGAAAGGUCUGUGGAAGAAAUGGGGCGACAAAAGGGUAAUAGAUACCCCGAUAACCGAGAUGGGUUUUGCCGGAUUGGCGGUGGGCGCAGCCAUGGCAGGUCUUAGACCAAUUUGCGAAUUUAUGACGUUCAACUUUGCCAUGCAAGCGAUCGACCAAGUGAUCAAUUCGGCCGGUAAAACAUUCUACAUGUCCGCGGGGAUCGUCAACGUCCCGAUAGUGUUCAGGGGCAACAAUAGUGCGGCGACGGGCGUCGCGGCGCAACACUCUCAAUGUUACGGCGCUUGGUACGCCCAUUGUCCCGGAUUAAAAGUUGUGGCACCAUGGAGUUCCGAAGAUGUAAGAGGUUUGUUCAAAUCGGCCGUUCGCGAUCCCGAUCCCGUCAUCUGUCUGGAAAAUGAAAUUCUUCUCGGCCAAUCCUUCGAAACUCCGGAUCAAGCCCUUGUCAAGGAUUUCCUGAUACCGAUCGGCAAAGGAAAGAUCGAAAAACCUGGCAAACAUUUGACCAUAGUCUCCUUCGGAAGGGCGCUGAAUGCGGUCAUACCGGCCGCUAAGGAACUCCAGUCUGGUGGGAUCGACGUCGAAGUGAUCAAUUUACGUUCGUUGAGACCUCUCGAUUUCGACAUGAUCAGUACAUCGGUGAAAAAGACGAAUCAUUUAAUAACAGUCGAAUAUGGAUGGCCCAGUUGCGGCAUUGGAUCUGAGAUAGCCGCGAGGGUUAUGGAAAGCGAAGCCUUUUUCCAUUUAGAUCAGCCUGUUAUCAGACUGACUGGGGUCGACGUUCCAACUCCUUAUGCCAAGGAACUCGAGGAUGCAUCCUUCCCUAGGCCCCAAGACGUUGUACAGGUCGUUAAGAAGCUACUCAGCAAAUAAUCCACUAUUUUCAAGCCCUUCAAGUCCAUAUUGUGAAAAUACUGGGUCACAUCGAAUAUUCGAAUCAAACUGGUGUUAAAUAAAAUAAAAAAAAAAAGGAAAAGUAGAAAUGUAUUUCAUGACGAUUAAAUAUUCGCUAAUAUGAUUUAAUCAAGCAAAAGCCGAUAUAUUGUGAAAAUGUACUUCUAGAGUAUGCA